UUCAACUUGUAUCCUCAUUAUUCUUGAGAGUUCUAAUUUCCUUAUUCAAUGGCUAAAGCAAAGGCACAGGAAGCCUCAUCUGGAUGCAAUUAUGAUGUGUUCUUGAGUUUUAGAGGUGAGGAUACUCGUAAGAAAUUUACUGAUCACCUCUAUACAGCUUUGAUUCAAGCAGGAAUUCACACUUUCAGAGAUGAUGAUGAACUUAAGAAAGGUGAAAACAUUGAGAUAGGAAUCAAGAAAGCUAUAGAAGAAUCAAGAUUAUCCAUAAUUGUGUUCUCCAAUGGCUAUGCCUCUUCCAGAUGGUGCCUAGAUGAACUUGUGAUGAUCACGAAACGUAGCAGAACUGUUGAGCACAUUGUGGUGCCAGUCUUCUACGAUGUGGAUCCAACAGAAGUCUCUGAACAGAGUGGAAGAUUUGGUGAAAUAUUUGCUGCACAUGAACAGUAUUUCAUGGAGGAGAUGAAUAGGGUGGAGGGAUGGAGAGCAGCUCUUAGAGAAGUUGCAGACCUUGGAGGUUUUGUUUUACAGGACAGAUAUGAGGCCCCAUUUAUUCGAAAUAUUGUGAAAGAUAUUAGGAGUAAACUGAGUCGCAAGGUGCUGAAUGUUUCCCCCUAUUUGGUUGGAAUAGAUUUUGAUGUUGCAAGAAUUAAUAUUUGGUUACAAGAUGUGUCAACCAAUACCAGGAUAAUGAUAAUUUAUGGAAUUGGAGGGGUGGGGAAGACAACCAUUGCAAAAACAGUUUAUAACAUGAACUAUGACAAUUUUGAAGGAAGAAGCUUUCUUGCAAACAUUAAAGAAACUUCUGAACAGCUCAAUGGUUUGCUUCACAUACAAAGACAACUUCUGUCUGAUAUCCUAAAAGACCAACCAAUCAAUAUUUACAAUGUAGAUGAAGGAAUCAUUAAGGUCAAGGAAGCUAUAUGUUGCAGGAGAGUUCUUAUUGUUCUUGAUGAUGUCGAUCAUAUCGAUCAAUUCAAUGCCAUCAUUGGAAUGCAGAAAUGGUUAUACCCAGGAAGUAAAAUAAUCAUAACAACUAGAUAUGCAAGUUUGUUUAAUGUUAAUUAUGAAGGUUGCUUGAUACUUAAAAUUAUGGAAUUGGAUGAUGAUUCAUCAAUGCAGCUCUUUAGUUGGCAUUUAUUUGGCCAAGAUCAUCCUCCUGAAGGUUUUGUCAAGGUCUCUAAAAGGGUAGUAAACUACUGCAGUGGACUACCAUUGGCUCUUCAGGUUUUGGCUUCUUCACUUCGAGGAAAAAGGGUAGAUCUAUGGGAAAGUGAAUUAAGAAAGUUGGAAGAAAUCCCUGAUGGCAAGAUUCAAAAAAUUCUGAGAAUAAGUUGUGAUUCGCUUCAAGAUGAUCAUGAUAAGAACAUAUUCCUCGACAUAGCUUGCUUUUUCGUGGGAAUGGAUAAAGAUUAUGUUGUCAAAAUACUAGAUGAAUGUGGUUUCUACACAGUUGUUGGGCUUCAGAAUCUCAUUGAUAGGUGUCUUAUAACAGUCAAUGAACACAAGCAGAUAAUGAUGCAUCAGCUAAUUAGAGACAUGGGACGAGAAAUUGUUCGCCAGGAAUCGCCUGAAGAUCCUGGAAAACGCAGCAGAUUGUGGAACCAUGGGGAUGCACUUACUGCCUUGAAAGAAAAUACUCAGGGUUCAGAAGCAGUGAAGGCCCUUACUUUCAGCCCACCAAAUGAGGUGGAAUUGAAGUUAGAAGGAUUGGCAAAGAUGCAGAGGCUUAAAUUACUCCAACUUUGCAAUGUAAAACUCAAAGGAAGCUAUGAAGAUUUCCCUAAAAAUUUGGUAUGGUUGAGUUGGCGUGGAUUUUCUUUGAAAUCUAUACCAAUCAGUUUUGAUCUGGAAAAGCUAGCUGUUCUUGAAAUGCCGCAUAGCUAUCUCAAAUGUCUCUGGGAAAGGAACAGGAAUCUUCCAAACUUGAAGAUCCUGAACCUCAGCCAUUCGCAUUUUCUUGUUACGACCCCCAACUUCAGAGGACUACCUAAUCUCGAGAGAUUGAUACUCCAAGACUGCAUAAACUUGGUUGAGAUUGAUGAAUCUAUUGAAGUUCUCCAGAGAAUAGUUUUAUUAAAUCUAAGAGAUUGCAAGAAUCUCAGGAAGCUUCCAAGGAAACUUGCAAGCCUGAAAUCACUUGAGGAACUAGUUUUAUCCGGUUGCUUAGAACUCGAUGAGCUACCCAAAGUGCUAGCAGAAAUGAAUUUGAAGGUUCUUGUUGUUGAUGGUAAUUCCAUUAAUCAACUAAACUCUACCUCAGAUGAUGCAAGUAAACUCAACUUCUUGUCUGCUACAUCUUGGGAUUCAACCUUCCAUUCUUGGUUAUCACCAAGAAAAGGCCCAAAAUCAAUGAAAUUUUCAUUCACCUUUUUACCAAGGACUUUGGUAACUCUAAGCCUUGCUAAUUGUAAUCUGUUAGAUGAUCAUAUUCCCAAAGAUCUUAGCAUGCUACCUUCCUUGCAACAUUUGAACCUUGGUGGUAACCCAAUUCAUGCUCUGCCAGAAAGUAUUAGCAGCCUCACUUCGCUUCGAUCUCUUCUGUUAGACCACUGCGAAAGAUUGCAAUAUCUUCCAGAGCUUCCCCCAACUCUGAAGGAAUUGGAUGUGAACCAUUGUAGGUCACUGGAACGAAUUACAAACUUACCUAACUUGUUCAGAAGAUUGAUUUUCAGAUCUUAUGGCUGUGAAAAUCUUGAUGAAGUUGAAGGUGCAUUCAAAUUACAACCCAUAAGAAACAUUGACAUGGAGAUGAUCACUGCUUUGGGCAUGUUCAAUUUGGAAUCCUUGGAAAGCUUUCAGGUGCAAAUGGUUAAUUGCUUAACAGGAACUCUAAGAACAACUUCAGUCCAGGUCUUGCACGAAUGUGGAAUAUUUAGCAUUUAUAUUCCAGGAAGCGAGAUUCCAGGAUGGUACAGCUACCAAAAUGCAGGGCGUUCAAUUUCUUUCAAUGUGAAUCGUGUUCAAGGGCAUAAGAUAAUUGGGUUGAAUUUGUGUGUUGUAUAUGCAUUUGAUCAACCUGCAAAUCCUCGUUCAGAUUAUAAGAUAUGUGGUAAACCUUUCACACAUAUCAAGAACACAAAUAACGGUUUAUCCUGGAAUUACAGCCCAACAUUCUACGAGAUUCCAGGAGAGCAAGCAUAUAAUCUAUGGUUGAGCCAUUGGAAGUAUGUGGAUAAAAUGGAAGAUGGCGAUGAAGUGUUUGUGGGAGUAGGUAUGCCUUCGGGUAUUCAAGUUAUAAGGGUUGGAGUCCAUCUUGUCUAUGAGGAGGAAAAAGAUGGUAGCCAAAGCCAAUCAAUUACUUCCUCUUCUUGGUAUCAAGAUCUCAGCAAUGCAGAUGUCUCAGCAUUCCGGCACCGGACUGGGUAUAUUCUCGGCUAUAAUCACUAUGGCCGUGAUGUACAGAAACUUCGUUGGGAUACAUUACUUAAUGGUUUUAAUACCAAUAACAAUCCCCAGGUAAGUACCAUGGUCAAUAUUCUUACUAGGAUACACAAGUGUCUGACUGAUAUGUUGUGACAAAGGGAAAUUCUUGCUUGAUCUAGUUUAUGGUAGACACAAAACACAAUAUUUACAGUGGAAUCCACAUGUAAAAGAGGUAUUAAGUGUAUGAUAGGCCAAGUUUCUUAAUGUAACAAAUUAGGCACUUGACUUCUAGGCUAGUAGCCUGGUGGCUCAAAUGCAUCUUUACUCAAUUAAUGUUGUUUCCUAAAGAAAGUUUAGUUUCAAGUUCUGUU